UCUGAUUGGAGCGAGACGGUCCGAACGCUAAGUCGCUGAAUUCAUGUCACAUUUCAUUUUUUUGAAUUGGCCGAGUUUCAUUUUUUAGUCGAGAGUGUUCGACUGUUGCUAUAUAUUUUUUUUCGGUUUUCGAUUUUUUAUCAACAUUUUUUUUUUUGAUUUGUAAAAUGUGCGAGGGGCUGUUGGCGAGCUCCCACAGUCUGUGCAUGUGUGUCCCUGCUGCUUCUCUGCUGGGCUACGGCUACUAACCUCGCUGCUCUUCACUCGGUGGUUAGCCGACGGGAGCCUGGCCGCGUUUAUUGACGCGAGGGGGCGAAAACACGAGCGAAUGUAAAUCUGUUUUAGGGCAACAACCCGUAACUGUUUUUUAGUUGUCGCUGUCGGUCACGGUAAGAAGUGGUGUAUGGUUUGUCGUAGACAAUACUUUGCUGGCUAGCUAAUAGGCUAGCUAUUUGUGUGUAUUCUUCGACUGAAGAAAACAGCGAGUUUUCUUUGAAAGUAUGGAUGACCAGACCAGGAUGAUGACGGGUCUCACCGGACUCGGUGGACUAGCACAAGCCGAUGUCGGUGACCCAGACUCGGUCAGGAAACAGCAGUCUCUCGGUCAACCUCAACAAGACAUAGGGGAUAUCUUACAGCAAAUAAUGGCCAUCACCGACGAAAGCCUGGACGAAGCACAGGCCAGGAAGCAUGCCCUGAACUGUCACAGAAUGAAGCCAGCCCUCUUCAGCGUUCUCUGUGAGAUCAAAGAAAAGACGGUGCUGAGUAUACGAGGUGUGCAGGAGGAGGACCCCCCAGAUCCCCAGAUCAUGCGGUUGGACAACAUGCUGCUAGCGGAGGGUGUGUCCGGACCAGAGAAGGGUGGAGGAUCGGCUGCAGCGGCUGCAGCUGCAGCAGCAGCGGGCGGCUCACCGACCGAUAGCAGUAAUGAACACUCUGACUACAGAGCCAAGCUCGCCCAGAUCCGCCAGAUCUAUCACUCUGAGCUGGAGAAGUACGAACAGGCCUGCAGUGAGUUCACCAACCAUGUAAUGAACCUGUUGAGAGAGCAGUCUCGCACACGGCCCAUCUCUCCCAAGGAGAUUGAGCGCAUGGUGGCCAUCAUCCACCGCAAGUUCAGCUCCAUUCAGAUGCAGCUCAAACAGAGCACCUGCGAGGCCGUCAUGAUCCUGCGCUCACGUUUCCUAGACGCCAGACGUAAGAGGCGCAACUUCAACAAGCAAGCCACAGAGGUGCUGAAUGAGUAUUUCUACUCCCACCUGUCUAACCCUUACCCGAGUGAGGAAGCCAAGGAGGAACUGGCCAAAAAGUGUGGGAUCACUGUGUCUCAGGUCUCUAAUUGGUUUGGCAACAAGAGAAUACGCUACAAGAAGAACAUCGGUAAGUUCCAGGAGGAAGCGAACCUCUACGCGGUUAAAACGGCGGUGGAUGCUGCCAAUGUGACUGCGAAGGCGAGCCAGGCUAACUCUCCAGGAACACCCAACUCAGGGUCACCGGGGUCAUACAGUUUGCCUCACACAGGCGCCUACCUCACCCUGUGUUCCCUCAACGGGGAGGGCCUCAACAUCGCCCCCUCUCUUCAGCCGCAGGUGGAUACCCUGCACCGUGCUACACACCUGACGGGCGGCUAUGAGGAGCUGUCGGGGAGUGGCCUCUACACCCCUCAUUGCCUGGAUGCUAACAGCUGGCAGGACACCAACCCCCCCUCGGUCACCUCUCCUCCCGGUCCUCCUGGCAGCGUCCACUGCGACACCUCCAACUGAUUCGGUGGCUCUCCCUGCCGUCGCUCCAUCCCCACUGUGGUCUGCUCUGACUACCAGCCUCUGUCUUCAUUUUCCUCUAUUCCCUCGUUUCUCAACUGGACAGCCACACAUGGCUGUGCUCGCAUUUCAUAAACACACACACACUGUGCUGGACCACAGGACAGCCGAGCAGGAGCAGGGAGGAGUUCUCCCUCCACCAAACGGCUCCACUUCAAUGCUAGAAGCUCCUUAACCAAGAAUAAAAGAGGGGUGGAGCUUACCGAUGCUGAGACGGAUAGUAAACAUCUUUACUAUCAAGGACUUAAAAAAACUAAAAAACGCUGACCCAGCUGUGUAGAUGAUCAUGAUGUCUGUACAUUGUGUAUAUGCACGUUAACUUCACACAGUACUCGCACUGCUUGUCCAUGUGCUGUUGACCUCUGCACUCGACGCUUUUCUUUCUAAAACUGUGUGUGAUUGCCUGUAUCUCUUGACGCCUUGGCAUUUGACAGCCAAACUGUGGAUACGGAUCACCAGGGAGCUCUGCUCACCUUGCUCUUACCAAAGUGCUGCCCCAGUAGUUGUCAACACCUGUUCCUCCGAGAUCACCCUCUGCCAACUCGACACAAGACACGGAUAUAUCCUCGAGUCCUUUUUCGCUUGGCGGUUCAUUCGGUCGGAGAUCUAAACUAAGUGAAUAAUUGAGAUGUGCACAAAUGUGCGUGCACCCCGCUUCCAUAACACACACACACACACACCGCAACGUUUCAGGCGUUUUCAUAGUGAGCUGACAUAAAAUAUGUGUCGAGCACAACAGUUAGCAUUCUUGUUCUGUCUCUACCUGUGAAAGGGUAGUGCAGGGGGUCACUGUUCUGAAGCAGGAGGGCAGGUGAUGCUAGGGCUGGUGAGCGGAGGAAAGGGCAGAGAGGAGAAUAUCUUUGGUUGAGUGGACGUAACUAAAAGCCCUUUUUGUUGCUAACCAAUAGGGGGUGUUGGUAGGCAGCUUGUAGACUUUACUUCUUGCCUUCUGUCCACUAGUUUAUUUGAUUGUAGGCUAUUUUCUAAUGCUGUUUCACCAAGAAUGCACCAGCCGCCACCAAAAAUGAGCUCAAUAAAGCAUCUAAAUGACGUGAGGAGAAUGGUGGAAAGAUUGCGGGGCAUUGAUGUGUUAAUGGGACUAACGUGACAUGAAUUUAGAAAAGUGACUGUCUUCCAUGCAUGUAGGACUUCUAGGCGUGAUAUUAUUGUUUUCAUUUAACCUUCCACGUUUUUAGCUUCGUUUUUAUUCACACAAAAAAAACCUAAUAAUAAUAAAGGGUAUAAUUAUUACAGUCAGACCAAAAAGGAAAAAGUGCAUCAUGUAUUGCUAUGAUGUGUGUGUGUGUGUCUCUGGGCGUGUGUACAGUGUUCUUGGGACGUCUUCGUCAGACCGGCUGGUGCCCUCUGACCUCUUUGUAAGCAUUAUGGAGGCUGGGGUGCUUCCACCAGCCAAUGACACACCAGUCGGGGUUCAACUGAGAUCUCCCCAUCUUGAAAACAUUUACGCUUGUGAGCCCAAGGCAACACACUCCAACCUUCUGUUCUACCAAAACCAAAAAUGCCACGUUCAGCAAUGUAAUAAUGCUUCUCUGUGUCUCUAAAGUUGGUGCACAGCCACCUUUUCAGUUGGAGGAGAGGAGGGAAUUAUAUUUGUAUCUGUGUCUCUCUGUGUGGUGUUGUCAUGCCUCAAGUUGAUUUAUUUUUGGGGGGGUUGUUGUGGGGUGUCAUAUCGCACCUGUAAUUUGAUUGUGAGCGUAGAAGAUAUGCUCUCCCCUAAACCCUUCCUGUAAUAGCGUCUGGUGAAACCACACAUGGUUACUUUGAGGUCUUUGGACCCGGGCUUCUCUCCUGUUACCAAAAACGAGGCAUCACUGGGUGGAUACGACUCUUAACUGGUGUUUAAGACAAACCUGCUACAUUUUUGGGGGAUUUUAAUUCUUUGGAACUUUUUUAUACAUUAACAGGUAUGUGAAUAAAAAAAUCAUUUUGAUAGUAAGGUAAAGCCUUAUGAAGAUUUAAGUGUCAAUUGAGACUUAUCUUAUGUUACAGAUCAAAACUUGAGCUUACAAGCUGGUCACACGUGAUAUCCCACAUCCAAUUGUUUUGUUACUCAUCGCAGUUCAUAAGACUGUAUCUUAUGAAUAACGUUAUCGACACACCAAAUGAUCAUGCCCCCUCCUUUUUCUACCUGUUGUAAUGGAUGUCACUGUACAAUUUGUGUAAUGUUUCAGUAUUUUUUUCUUUUAUAAACUGAUGUUUUGGUUGAGAUGCCAGUUUUAUUUGGCCUGUGUCACAGGAUUCACAAUAACUAUCAAUUUUGAAUAUUAUUUAGGUCUUUUGUUACAUAACCGGGUGUAACGUUUGGUGCUGUGGAAAGACGAGUAUCAAUUAAGGUUCUCCGAUUAACAUGUUCUGCUUCCCGUCAGAUUCCCCUUCAGUUUCUACCUUAUCGACACUUCCCCAAUAUUCAUCCAUUUGUGCUUCUAACGCUUCCUUUUUUUUAACGUUCAAAAUAUUGCUUGAUCAUAACUUUCUGCUGGAGUAGCAAAAUUAGUUUUGAAACUAAAUGUUAACCUCCAGAUGUGAAUCCCAGAAAUGUAAAUAAUUCUAGUCUCACUGAUGAAUCUGGGUUAUGAAAGUCUGCCAGUGUACUUUUGCAUAAAACUGAGAGGACGUUAAUACUUAAUUGUUUGAAGAAUUUGACUAACUUCUAAUAGGCAACUUAAUUAAAUUCAUUUUCUAAUUCUUGACCCUGAAGCAGGAAGAGGCAGACCUUCACAAUAAAGCGUAAGUCUACAUCUUGUCCCUCCAGGCUGACUGAAAAUAUACAGCAAAAACAUUCAUGCAUAAACCCUGAAGACUGAACACCUGGAUUUUUUCACCAAAUUUAAUUUUACAUAUUGUUAACCUUGUUUGGGUUCUGCAAGUGACUACAUUACUUCUACAGCACCAUAUGGUUUCUGAAACCUUAGAUUUUUUGUUUUUAUUAGUAUAUUUGUAUCUCCCCUCUUUCCCUUGUAUUUACCCCUCUCUCUACCUCUCUUUCCAUUUCUCUUGUAUAUAACCCCCACUGUUUUCAGACUUGUGAGUCUGUAUGAACUCCUUUUAUACCUCAACUUUAGAAUUGUUCUAGAAAGACUAAAACAAAAAGGAAGAAUGACAAAUUGUAGUGUUCUUAUUAGAAAAAUAAAAUUAUUUAGUGUGAUUUUU